AUGACCCACGUCACACCUCUCCGGAGUCACAAACCUCCGCCGGAUGACACGGAGGACAACCCGUUCUACUACAUGCUGAAGGUGCAGUGCACGUCGUGCCGUGAGGUGCACGAGAAGACGGUGGGCAUUAGCCGUUUUGAUGAGAGAGAGAUGUCAAACAGCCGCGGCGAGUCCAAUUUCGUCUGGAAGUGUAAGAACUGCAGUCGCGAAUCUUCAGCAAUGAUCCGCGCAGCUCCAAAACCGUACACACAGUGCUCCCCGCCCAAGAAGCAGAACAUCCUCGAGUUUGAGUGCCGCGGGUGCGAGUUUAAGGAAUUCAGCGCGGAGGGCAACUGGCUUGCGGAGGGGCUCGAGUCUGGGACCAAGUUUUCGGAGAUUGAUCUCACGGACGAGUGGUUUGAAUAUGAUGAGAAGGCGGGCGAGGAGGUGACGAUUAAGGAUAUUAAGUGGGAGAUUAGGAGGGGGUAG